UAACAAGUAUAAAGAAGACAUCACCUUCAAAAAUAAAUUAAAAUAAUGAAGAUUUUUAAAAUAAUUUAAAAAAAAUCCGAAGAGUAAACUUCAGUCAAUAUUUACGUUUUUUUUCAUUUAUGUAAACCAUUAAAUAAUAUAACAGAUAAUGUAUAUAAAUAUAUUUAUAUUAUUUAAUAUUUAAUUGACGUUAAUUAUUGUAGUAUUAGUGAGGGUUAGAACAUGAUUUUGGAAACAAUUAGCGCAAUAGAAUUAUAUCACGUUAGAUGGAUAAUUUUUUAUUCCAUCAUAUUUAUUAUUUCUGAAUUGGCUUAGUAAGCUACGAUGACAAAUCCAGAAAUCUUAAUGCGAAAUCAAGAUCUAGGAAUGAAAAAAAUCUAUAAAUCCUUCUUGUUUUUUCCUUAAUAAACUUUAUUAUUUUAUCAAAUUUUUAUCACACAAAUGGUUAAAGAAUGCGUACUAUUAUAUAAGAACGGUAGUGGGAUUACUACAACUACCACACCAAAAGUAGAGAGUAAAAUUCGGUUUGAUUCCAUUCCGGAUGCUCUCGCGGAUUUCGCCCAAGGAAAAUUUGUUUUAGUUGUAGAUAAUGAAGAACGAGAAAAUGAAGGUGAUUUAGUUAUUGCAGCAGAAAAAAUUACUACAGAGAAAAUGGCAUUUAUGGUUCGAUAUACGAGCGGGUUAAUCUGCGUACCGACUACACCAGAACGGUUAGAGCAGCUUGAAUUGCCUCUAAUGGUUCCAAACAAUACUGAAAAAAUGAAAACUGCAUACACGAUAUCUGUAGACUAUAAGCAUAAUACAACAACAGGAAUAUCAGCACAUGAUCGUGCAUUAACGGCACGUUCACUUGCUAAUCCUUCUAUAAUGAAUUCAAAUGAUUUUAAUAGACCAGGUCAUAUAUUUCCAUUGAGAUAUACUCAAGGUGGGGUUCUGAAAAGAACUGGACACACAGAAGCUUCAGUUGAUAUGUGUAAAUUAGCAAAUUUGCAACCUGUUGGAGUUAUCUGUGAAUUGGUAAAGGAUGAUGGAUUGAUGGCGCGACGUGAUGAUUGUCGUGCAUUUGCAGAUGAACACAAUUUAAAAUUAAUUACAAUCGCAGAUUUAAUUAAAUAUAGAUUAGAUAAUGAACUUAUAGAUAUUUAAAUUUAUUUUUUUCCCCACUUUCAUAGAGUAUUUAAAUUUCCUUUAUUGUAUUAAUAUUUAUUACCACAAAGCUUAAUUUAAAAAUUGUUUCAUGAGUAUUAUACAAACAAUAUUAAAUAAUUUAUUUUUCAUUAAAUUAGAUAAUUCUAUACAGCAUUCUUCAAUAGAGUCUCUGAUCCUGAUUCAUCUACUUUGGAAGGCUAUAAUUUAAAUUAAAAUAAUUAAAUAUAAUCUUAAUGUUAACAAUAAAAGAGCCUUAAUUUAAUUUAUCUUU